AAUUCGAAGAUGCAAGUGUUAAUUAUCAUCCAAUAGAAGCUUUUAGGUUUUUCUCUAUUCAAAAUAUUAAAACAACGAGAUUACCAUUGAGACAUUAGUCAACAUGAUCAUUGAAUAAAACUGUUCUUUCUUUCUCUCUCACUCUAUUGAUCAAAGUUCUUUACUUCAAAUAUCAAUUUUCAUCCACUACAUUGUUUCGAUGUGAAUAGGCGAAAUUUUAUUUUGUUUCAGCACCAUUACUACGCAGUGCAAAUUCGAAUGCUAAUGCAAAAUGGAUUCAGAAUGGUAUCACUGUCGCUGGAGGAAAUGGAGAAGGCAGCGGAAUGAAUCAACUCUAUCGUGCAAAUGGUUUGUGUAUUGAUGAUGAUCAAACUGUCUACGUUGCUGAAUACCGCAAUCAUCGUAUUGUGGAAUGGAAAUGUGGUGCGACGACUGGUCGAGUUGUGGCCGGCGGAAAUGGGCAAGGAAAUCGCCCUGAUCAGUUAAACGGUCCGGCAGAUGUGAUUAUUGAUAAAGAAAGAAAUAGUCUCAUCAUUAGUGAUUAUGGCAAUAGAAGGGUAGUUCGAUGGCCUCGUCAUAAUGGUAAAAAUGGAGAAACGAUAAUCUCAAAUGUUCGAUGUUUAGGUUUGACAAUGGACGAUGAUGGAUUUCUCUAUGUUGUUAAUCACAAUGAACAUGAAGUCAGACGAUAUCGAAUAGGAAAAAGUGAAGAAACAGUCGUUGCAGGUGGAAACGGACGAGGAAAUCGUCUCGAUCAGUUGGCUAGUCCUUUAUACGUAUCCGUCGAUCGAGAUCAUUCAGUGUACGUAUCGGAUACAGGCAAUCAUCGUGUGAUGAAGUGGAUGGAAGGUGCGAAACAAGGUAUUAUCGUGGCUGGUGGCAAAGGUGAAGGAAAUAGUCUUACACAAUUAUCGAAUCCUCGCGGAGUUGCCGUAGAUCAAUCAGGCAUUGUCUAUGUAGCUGACCAGUCGAAUCAUCGAAUAAUGCUUUGGCCACAAGGAGCCACACAGGGAAGUGUCGUCGCUGGUGGAAACGGCCAAGGGAGACAAUCUAAUCAACUUCAUAGUCCCAAUAGUUUGUCAUUUGAUCAAAAGGGCAAUAUGUAUGCAUUAGCAUUAAUUGGUAAUGCUAAUGCUCUUGCAUUAGCAUUAUUUCUGAAUUAA